AUGGAAUCGGGGUUUCUUAGAGCCGAUCACGAUCCAGUUUCCUCGAUUUCUCAUGGGAAAAGAGCCUGUGUAUUGAUUCUUACAGCAUACACCCUAGUUUUUUCACUUAUCCCCCUCCCCGCCUUCCGGCUGCAAAAGGCUGUGACAGACAGACUCAUCGAAGUUGCCAACAAGUUCCUCGAGUCGCCUACUGAUUCCUUCUCCGUCUGCGGUACCUACCUGGACAUCUUCACUGGUGAACGGGCUCGCAUCUGCGUAUGGCUGGGCAUUAUGCGUUUUCUCACUCACUUCCUGUAUGCUGCGCCGACUUCGGAUGCCGGGCGCAGGGCGCAGCUUCGCGACGCUUUCGCCAGUCGCCUAGUGCUCAGUUUCCUUGACUUUAUCGAAGCCCAAAUGCUUGCUGAGGACUGUAGGUCACUGGCCUUCUUACUUAUCGCCUUGACAGAAAUACUGGUCUGCAUUGCUGAGGAACCGUCUGGGAAUAAGGAGGUCGAAUGCCAGUGGCACAAUUGUUCCGUCUACGUACUCCUCGAGCUGCGUCGCCGCUUUGACGAUAAGUCAGGUGGCUAUUGGGAUCUCAUUCUCACAAAGAUUACUGAAGCUCUUGACAUCCUCUUUCUGUCAGAGGAGGGCUCCCGUUUUGCCCACGGCGUCUGUCGUCUUGAUGACCUACCCAAAAGCUCUGGCCUGGCAAAGUACCAUGCUAUCAUGAAAAAGGCUUGCACUUGUGCACGAAACUCACUCUCUGGUCAGAUAAGGAAUGCUCUGGUACAGAAGGCCAUUACAAAAAAGGUAGUUUACGUGAUUGCAGAAGAAAAUCGAGCAGACGCCGCUUCUGCGUUGGCCGCGCUUAAGGGAGUACUGGUUGGAGCCCUACGCGAACCCUUCCGUGUGCAUUCCGGGGGUCACCUACCGUCCCUGGAGGCCAGCCUGGAUACCGGUACGCGGGAGGCUCUCGUCACCUGCCUGUCUACACUUCAGUCCUAUGAGAGUGAGGCCGCUCUCGUCCUGAAUGAUAGUAUCUGUCGGACUUAUUCCUGCGCACCCCUGACACAACUGUUCCAAUCCUGUUUUUCCACCGGUGCCGACGCGGGCCCCCUACACACUGCUCAAUUCUCCCAACUUGUCUACAUUGCGCAGCGAAAUCAACUGCCGCGGUUAGACCUUUUUGCAUAUUGUUUCUUUUUCUAUUUCAAUGCCUUUUUUGCCUGA